ACCAACCGACCCUCAGCCAUGAACUCCUUCCCCAGCUACAGCAGCUACAAGUCCGCUCCCGCCCGCAGGGUAAGCAGCAUUGGGGUCGGCAGCGUGUAUGGAGGAGCCGGAGGGACUGGAAAUCUUGUCUCAAAGGACUCCUACUCCUCCUCUGCCGGCGGUGCCUUCAACUUGGCCAACGCCGUCAAUGUGAAUGUCAGCGAGAAGGCCACCAUGCCGAACCUCAACAACCGCCUGGCCACCUACCUGGAUAAGGCCCACGACUUGACGGACCUGCAGGAUCAUAUUAACUUUCCUGCCUGUGGAAACGCCGGCCUCGUCCUCGCCAUCAAUGACGCCCGGAUGGCCGGCAACAACUUUAAAGUCAACACCACCAAGACCAGCACCAUGACCAGCACCAUGACCAGCAUCAUGACCUCCAAGGUGGUGAUCACGGAGGAAGUGGACGAACACAGUAAAAUUAUCAGCAGCAGUUACAUGACAAGGAAACCAGAACCAGCUGUUGUAACAUUUCUUCAAUAAAGAUGAAGUCUAUUGA